AUGACUAGCUCUGCGGUGAACUUCACCUCACCUGAAGCGUUUACAAAUUCUACGAUUAAUUCCUUUGGGCUAACGGACAAUCUGGAAAUGUGUGCCUUCUGUAUCACUUUCCUGUUUGGUUUUCCUCUACACUCCUAUAUCACAUGGCUUAUAAUCACAGGAGCUGGAAAUGGAGCUGCAUCAGAGUUCUUCAAUCUCAAUCUGUCAGUGUGUGAGAUUUGUAAUUGCCUCAAUUCUAUGCUUGGCAUAGUGUCACAUUUCUUUUCAAGUUUCAUAAUAGUAACAUACUUUUUACAAGGGCUAGGGUUCACCGGUCGUCCUCUGUUUCAUUGUCUGAUCUGUGUUGAGCGUUACCUGGCGGUGGUUCAUCCUGUAACCUUUCUGAAGUACAAACCUCUCAGAUACAGAGUGAUCUGCUGCGCUGCGAUCUGGACAAUCACUCUUGGCUCCUGUUUAUUCUGCAUCUUCAUUUUAUUCUCCUUUAGCAUGGUGCUGUAUGUAUGGUUUAUCUCAGUACAGUUCUUUCUCUUCUUCCUCAUUCAGUUGUUUUGUCUUGUGGCUGUUCUCAGAGCUCUGAAACAAUCAGGACCAGGAGAGAGAAAAAGAGAGGAGGAAAACCACAUGAAGAAAAGAGCAUUUUCUCUCAUUCUGUUAACAACAGUGAUCAUGAUCAUGCAAUAUACCCCAUUUACUGUGACAGGUUUCUAUGCCAUUCUAACUCAAAAUAACUUUUUGGACUUUUGGUGUCCUGCUUUCCUUUUUUAUGUACUGGCUGGUUUUGUUCAACCCAUUCUAUAUUUGAAACGGGCUAAAAAACUUUUCUGCCUCCAUUCAGCAUCAUAA